AGGAUAAACAGUACCAUCCGAAACAGUAAUUCUGAGAUCCAGUCUUCAAUACGUUGUCUGCGGUACCUCCCCUACCUCUUGCUAUCCACUCUCCCCGUCGCAUGGAGCGCACCUGCCCCAUCCAAAAACUUUGCUUCAGCUAUGUCUAAUUUGUCAUUCUAAUAGAAAGGGCCCCUUCUUUCACUUUCUCCGGGGAUUCAGGCAAUUCAGGCGGAAGCCGAUUCCCACUCCUGCUCUGGAUUACGGUACUUACCUCUAUCAGCAAGGGCUGCACCUCACUGUGCCAUACUAACCGACAUCGGUUACAGCCCUAACUUAUCUUCGCCCGAGCACUGGGCUCAUGCCACGAUUCGUGUAUCUCGGUGACCACGUAGCUGGCGAGGAGCAGAUCUCCUCUCCGCCGGUGAGGAGAGACACAGAUUUCACUCUGAUAAACCGCUUGUAUCGGCAAUUCAUUAUCUACUCCACCCACCGAAGCCCCCCUCCCUCCCCCUAUCCCUCGCCAAACCACCAACCCAUCCAAGCCUGUCAUCCCCCGCCGACUGUAUUUCUUCAAUAUUUAUCCUUCGAGGCGCAAAAAAUCACUUUCUCUGGUCAUUCUGUUUCGAUAGGGGCUUUUUCUCGUCGUCAAUCAUGACUUUGUUGCUCUUUCCUCCGGAGGUAGGCACAGCCCCCCCCCCCCGGCAAACCGUGCUUACCGUAUCUUGCUAAAGCUUGAUAGAUACUAAAGCUUGUCGCAGGCGAGCUCUCAGACACAGACCUCUGCACCUUCUGUCUUGUCUGCCGAAAAUUUAACAGCAUCGCUCAGGAUGACCAGGUUGUUUGGCGGGCAAAGCUGCUCAGGAUCUACGACGAACCCUCUUCUAAGGUUCCUGGCAAGCCCUACGACUGGAAACGUGUCUACCAAUCGAGACAGCAGAUAAUUCUACGUGGAGCACCGAGCAUGGAACUCGGGGCCGGGAAUUUAUCGGAGGAGGCCUUGGAAGUUAUCUGGGAUAUGUUGCAUGGUGGGUACAGUACAAUCAGCCCCGAUUUUUUUUUUGUUCCCCAGCCUGAUCUACCCCUAUGCCAUAUUAAUACCUACUGCCCUCUCUUCAACCGAACGCUAUACGUCCCUUCCCAACCCGUUAGUUUAUUCAUAAGUUUGGACUUCUGCUAGCCUUAUCUUGGCAAAAUUGCUAAUAUUCGUUGUGGGUUGGGUAGAUGCCCGGGGAUACAAGUCCGCGACAAAAGAGAUCACUGGGAAGAAUUUCAAGAUCCUGGAUAGCUUCAAGCAUCAAAACCGCACAUUGGGGUUACUCGAGGGGCGGGGUAACAAUUAUGCGUUGGCUGCUGCUGUCAACGUCUUGACGACACCAUUGCUUCGGCUCCCGGAGGAGAAAGAUCUUUAUGACCUGCACACCAUGGUGUACAGCACCCCCGCAGUGAGCUUCGAUGGAUAUCCUCAAUUCCAAGUCAUCGCCGCGCUUGCCAAAUACUUCAUCUAUCACAUACACAAGGAUUCGGAGUCGGAUAUGCUUUAUCAGAGGCGAUUGAUGCAACCCAAUGAAUACCCCUCUUGGUGGGAAGGCAAACUUAGCGACUAUGUGGGACCCUGUCACAAGAUACCAUUGAAAUGGUAUGGAGCUUAUGGUUUGUAUCUUCCAUUCAAAGUGUGAUAAUUGGCGCUUACCGAAACCCCAGCCUACGCGCAACGGACUAUCCGUCCCCAACUCCGAGACCUCUCGGACGGUCCACUAGUGGAUGUGACCCUCUCCAUGACCAGCCACAAUGAAUUCCAAGGCUCCGGCUGUGACAUCCAAAAUUUCACAAUAACCCACGGGAAAAUAUCCUCGACUAAGCCCGACCCCACGCUUAGGUAUAGUGGCGCCUGGAAGCACAUUGAAUUCCGGAAAUCUUACGACAGCCACGAAUGGACAUACGAGGGUGCAAUGCUGCCGGGAAAUAACAUGAUCCUCGGGCAUUGGAGGCGUCCGGGAACGCUCAACAGUCCGGAGAAUUUCAGGGGGAAUAAUGGCCCGUUCUUUCUCUGGGCUGUACCGGAGGGAUCCACAAUCGCAGGACGGGACGACAGAUUGGGGUUUCCAAGAUAGUGAGUGUUAAGUUUUUCUUUGGGCCUCUGCAUCUUGUGCAUAAACACAUUGGCGGUGUGUGAGCUGGCCCGAUCCCAAGCCUGGGUUGUAGCGAUGCUGGGGCAGUGCUUGAGCCAGCUCAAGUGCGACCGGUCAGAGAUCUAUCCCUUGUGGUCCUUCUCAGUGCUGUUUCUAAGGGUAGAUAGUCGUGGUGUGUUGCCAAUGUAUCCGUGAAGUUGUAGUUAUGACUCGGGACAGAGUUUGUAUUCAGACCUUUUUUGUUUUUGCUAUCGCUCCUUUUGAUGCCAAGCAGGGGGGUAAGGACGGAUCUUAUCGAGUGAUAAACUAUGAGCGGAAAUCUGGGGGUAGGAUAUUGCGGAUGGAUUGGAUAGGAUUUGUUUGUGAAAUGUAGCUGGGGAUUUCCAU